CGACUCGUUAUUUCGAUUCUUACCAACCCCUCCAACGCAUCAACAUCAUAUCAUACCGCCGUGAACUGAACAAUCAGAAAAAUAGAACCACCGUUAAGCCACAGCCGUAUCUUGGGACGAAAUGGCGCAAGCUGGAGUUCAAUCGUUGAAGUGUGUCGUGACCGGUGACGGUGCCGUCGGCAAGACGUGUCUGCUCAUCUCGUACACGACCAAUGCGUUCCCCGGAGAGUACAUCCCGACCGUGUUUGACAACUACUCUGCUAGCGUCAUUGUUGAUGGCAAGCCAAUCAGUCUGGGUCUUUGGGACACUGCAGGCCAGGAAGAUUAUGAUAGACUCCGGCCCUUGUCCUAUCCUCAGACUGAUGUAUUUCUCAUCUGUUUCUCCGUUGUGAGCCCGCCUUCAUACGACAACGUUGCUGCCAAGUGGCUCCCUGAAAUCACCCACCACUCCUCUGGAACCCCCAUCAUCCUGGUCGGCACCAAGAUCGAUCUUCGAGAUGACCCUGCUACCAGGGCUACUCUGACCAAGCAACACAUGGAGCCUGUCAAGUACGAGAACGUGCUCAACUACGUCAAGGAGGUCAACAAGACGAACAAGAUCAUUUACAAGUACAUUGAGUGUUCUGCCCUUACGCAGCGAAACCUCAAGAGCGUCUUUGACGAGGCUAUCCGUGCGGUUCUGAAUCCCACCCCGCAAGCGUCCAAGACCAAGAAAUCCAAGUGUUCCAUCCUGUAAAGAUUUUCAGCGAUGCCAAUUUCGUUUUCCCAUCUGUAGCAUCUUGGGCAGCGAAGGCCUCUGCUAGAAUUUCUUUUACGAACGAUUUUACAAUCUCGAGCCGCCGCCGCCGCCACCGCCGCCGCCGCACGAUUAUUUUUUUUUUUGGGUCACCUUAGAACGGUGUACAUUACAGAAGCUCCUCACCGGGACGUAUUUCGAUGAACUAGACCGACUUAGCUAUUAAUGGAGAGCGGAGGACAAGAUGAAGCUGAAAGAGGGUCGGGGCUCUGAAAAGGAGAUUUCUUUUUUAAUGAAUAUGGCUGUCCUGUGUCUUGAGAUUCCCCCCAUUUUCCUGGUACUGUUGAUAGGGUUGCAGCAAGCCAGAAAAUGACAUUUGUUGACAGGACGGCAAGAUUCUGACGCCAUCUCGAUGGUCCUAGAAGGUGGAAGAUGAUGAAAAUAUUACCGCUCCAUGGCGUCUGGCAAAUUAACGAUUUUUGUUUUGCAUUGCG